CCUCCAACCCAGAAGCUGUAAUAAUCAUCCCCAUAAUUACUUCUAUAUUUAGUAAUGCUCUCAACUGUGGGUUGGUCGCCAACAUCAUGAUUGCCGCAGACACAAACUAAUGGUAUCUCCGGAUCUAACUCUUUAAAAACUGCCUUAAAAUCUUCAAACUGUGCCUCAUAGUUUCUCCGUCCAGGAAAAGCAUCUAUCAUAUCUCCACAGACGACAAAAAACCUUGGUCUGGGGUGAAGGUUGUUGGCAGCUUUAAUGGCAACUCUUGUUAACUCUACUUCGUCUUUCCAAUCUCGUUUUUCUUCGGGAACUUUGUUCCAGGUAUCCUUUAAACCAAAUUGCGUAUCAGCGCCGUGAAUAAAAAGGAAAGGUCCGGUCCAUUUGCCUUCCUUCUCUUGAGAAAAGCCAGGGUAUUUUCGCUCGUUUGGUUUGGUUCCAAGGCCGGCCAUUUUUGUUUUUAUUUUCAUUAGACCCUGGUGUAUGUUAUUUAAGUGGAAAGUCAGCUUUAUGUGACGUUGCAGCAUGUUUCUUUUUGUUCUGCAAGUACUUUUGUAUAUAACAUGUGGCGAAGUUGGAUUCCGAUUAGUUUACGAAGCAAGUCGAGCUUUGGCGGAGACGGUGCAGACCAAAAACACGGCAGGCGGCGGGGACAUUUAAAUCCAUCUGAUAAAAUCGAAAGCCAGACUUCGAAUCAUGCUGAAAAAAACAACUUUUUUGGUGGAUAAAUGGCGUUAAUAAAAUGCCUUGAUGCAGAAUUUGUCCAGGUAAAGUAUAAAAUGUGUAAAUAUAGAAGUUGGGUGAAAAGCCAAAGCGAAUUUAAACGUAGAUAGAUGUGUAUUUUGACAGAAAUAAUAUGAGCCUAUUAAGGCCAUUUUAAACCUCGUGUUGUUGCAAUUUAGAUCAGUUGUUGCAAUUUACUGUAUGUUAAUACCAGUACUAUAUAAACUACGUGUCCUAUUAAAACAAACUUGGUUUUUGAUGUGAAAAUACACCCACUAUGAGUACCAAAAAAUAGUUCAUCUAAUAGUUUGGUUCUACAUAUUUUAACCCAUUGAGCCGCAAUGUGGCCCAUUGCGCCCUACAUAUUUUUUUACUUGUCUAACGCCAGACAAUUUUACUCGUCAAUGGUGAAGCUCUGCACCUUAAUGGGUUAAUUUCUACUUUUUCAGGACAUUGUCAAUGUAUUCUCUAAUGGCAAUUGGUGUUGUAGUAUGUGAGACAUGAAAGUUAUUGGUAAUUGAUUUUACCAUAUUAUACAUGAAUCAGAUUGAUGAUCUCUGAAAAUAAUUAUACAUAAAAUGUAACUGUGAUGUUAUAAUUGUUUUAUUGUUCCUCCUUUUUAGGGAAAUUAGGCAUAAGUUUGGCUACAGUGUUAAGGUGGGUGGGAAUAUUAAUUUGAUAUUUUGCACAUUUAGUUCUCUUUCUGCCAUAAUAUAAUAAAAAGUACUUGUAUACUGUUUUGGUCAGAAAUACCAUCCUGCUUGAGACCAUCAUGUUUGAAACAAUAAAUGAGCCAUCAUAAUGGUUGGAUGAUAAUGAAUUUUUCUCAUUCUAGUGGUUCAUGUAUUUCAUAUCUGGCUUUCAAUCAAACUGAUUCGUUUAACUCUGCUGUUAAUAAAUAUAUAAAUGUUGAAGUUCCAAAUAGACAACAAUUACGGGAUACAGGUUUGUUCCUAAUUGUUUUUUGCUUUUGGUCUGUAAUUACAACAGCAAACACAUUCACACAGUUUAUUUUCAUCUAGUAAGUAAUUUUAAUUUUCCGUCUGCAGGUUUCUGCAAAUUCAAAUAAUGCAAAUUUAAAUAAGGUAUAAAAUUUUUAGGACCUCAAGUUCUUGGCUUUUUGGUUGCUCAAUUUCCAAAACAGAUCUUGAAUUUAACUCAGUCAGAUCAUUUCUUCAUCCGAGAUCUUUCUCAGAAGGUUAUAUCAUCUGCCAGCCUACCCAAAGGUAAUAGCAAAGUUUAACUUAAUAAGUUUUUAACCAGCUGGCCUAGUGUCACCCAACUAUGUUAUGGAUGGCCAACUGCCUUGUUAUCUCCAUUAAUCAUAUUUGACACUCAAAUUCCAAUAGGCAAGUUACUACAUCUGUACAUAGUUUCUGUUAAUAGUUUUGUUAAUCUGUUGCUGAACGUAUUAUUUUAUUCUGAAGGUUUCAGUUUUGAUGCUUUUCUUGAAGAAGUUCCUGGUAGUACUUUGACAACACUAGCAAGAAACACCUUCGUUGAUGAAGACUACUUCGCAAUCAAUUCUGAGGUGUAUAUUUUGAGUCAAUAUGACCAUUUUUAAUCCUUUUCAUCCUUUAUUCCAAACAUUUGGAAAAUGGCUGAUAAAAUUUGCCUCUAUUAAAAAUUGACUUUCAACUGAUAAAAAGUGUUGGUUUUUCAACCCUCUUUUGUUUUCAAUUUAUUUUUCAAAACUUCAAACCUUUUUCUCAAGUCUACUAUAUACUCCAAACAAUUGAAAUGGUCAAAAACCUUUCAAGUCUGUUAAUAUUUUACAUUACAUGCCUGUAAUGCUUGUACCUUUCUGUUAUUGUUAAGGUUGUUCAAAAGAGUGAAAAAGAACUGAGCGAUGCAUUCCGUCAACUGCUAUCUUGCCUGCCAACUUCAAGACAAUGUGCCAGGUGGUUUACUGAGUCUGCUUUUCAUGGUGGGAAAUCUGGUCAUAACUUGUACAAGGUAUGGAUGAACAAAAUAUUUCCUUUGCCAUUUUUUUCUAUGACGAGCGCACUUGUUCAAAAGCUAGCAUACUACUACUAGCAGAUGAGCAAAUAAAACUUGUCAUAUGAAAAUUUGCUUGUCUAUAACUGGCUUUAGUAAUUAUUGAAGAGCCUCUGUUGAAUUGGACAAAUGCACAACGUUUAUUAUCAUUGCAGACAAUAUUUUGGCAUCCAGAAGACGAGGAUCAUCUCGAAACAGUUUCCUCAGUCGAAGAAAUUAUCUUGUUUCUGAAAGCACUUCGAAAACAUUCUGAAGUAAGUAAGCUUGGUGUGGUGCAUGAAGUAAGUAACGAAAUAAAGCAUGAUAGCGUGGGAAAAAAUGUGCUUUCAAUAAAUUGGAACUUACUCAUUUUCGUAGUUUCUUUCAUGUUUCCUGCAUUUCCUCCACCGCACACAAGAUAAUGUUUCAAGGUCGAUGCGCAUUGUUUCAAGCUAUUGGUUCGCGUGCAUUCCAUCAAAUUUGGAGAAUAUCAACAAAGGCCAUCAUAGCCGCCUUAUAAGCUAAGCAUUCUCUUGUAACGCAAUUUCUGCCAUACUGUACAGUGUAACCAGAGCUGUUUUAACUAAGAACAUGGCUCUGUUUCCGCACGUUGCAGCAAAAAUUGCCUUGUGUAACAUGGCCUUAUACGAAUCUCGUUUAAUAGACUUCUGUAGCAUGAAGUUUUGUUUUUUUAAGCUUGAGAGACACAGAUCACUUAUCUUGAAGAAUAACGGAUUAGACUUGCUGCGUUUAGUGAGCAUAAGCUACACAGACGUUAGAAUUACAAGAUUGGUGUCCCAUGUUCUUGGAAAUUUAGCAUUAGAUGAAACGUCGCACAAAGAAAUUCUUCAAAAAGGUGAGCCUGUGUAUAUAGAUCGCCGUGAUAAAAAGAGAUUUCUUCAUUUUUUGCAUGUUACAGAAAGCUGAUAUAAAGUCUUCUUCAAAUAGGUUGGCUAAGAGAGCUGCAGACGUGGAUAAAAUCGAAGGUAUAUGGUGUAAAAAGAACGGCAUGAACGCGCACGAUGUGGGGGAAGCGCAAAAGAGAUACUACUGUAUUCCCAAAGCUCCUUCACGCGUCGCUCAGCCUAAAACUAUUUUAUCUCCGCAUUGCCAUAGGACAUCGUUGUCAAAAGUCACUCAGUACGAGCUCUGGCUAAUCUGGACAGGGACGGUGAGAGAGGUCAUACUUACGAAGAUGGAAUUUUUGUUGCUUACCCAGAUAAACAACUUAAAUGGUACGUCUGCAUGGUCACUAUACUACUUUUUGAUUGCUUGCCAACCGUUACAAUACUUGCCUGCUCGCAACCUGUUACUGGAGAAGAACACUAUUAUAAUGCACACUGCGAGACUUGGCUGAUUACGGCGAUUAGGUUUUAACUAAGAAAUUGCUUUAUUUAAAUAGAGACUGUUGGUAUGGAAAUUUAGUGGUGUAAAUGAUCAUAUACUAUAAGAUCUCAUUUUCAAAAUUCUCGAACAGCUGUAGGCCUGAGGUUGAUCUCGUGUUUGUUCAUGGUUUACGAGGAAGUCCAUUUAGAACGUGGAGAGGUAGAACAGAUAAAACCGUUGAAGGAAAACAAACAGACUGUUGGCCUAGGGUAUGAUUUUAGUUUUGAUAUAGCAUGUUGAUAGAUAUAGAUGUACAAUAAUACAAUGUAAGGUGAUAUAGUGAUAUACUGUACACCGCGAAGUAGAGAAUAUUCAUUCGACUGUAUACCGCUCGAGAACAUGUAUCGAAAAUCGGUCAGUAUUCGUAUGUAAGCUUGUUGAACUCAUGACAUACGUAAUAAUACAACUUUGUACAACUUUGUACAAAGUACAACGUAAUAGUACAACUUUGCUUCGUAUAAGCUAUAUCACAGGACAAGCACGAGGGAAUAAUCCCAUCAUGCAUUUGUGCAUUGCAGGUUGCGUCAUAUUAAUAUUGGAUAUUAUAAUAUAGCAUUUGUAAAUUCUGAACGCUGAUUGGCUAAGAGCCGUGUUGAUAUAACUCAAUGUCAACACGGGAAAUUUUCCGCCGCUUGUAAACACGGAAAUUUUUCUUAUCCUUCGGGCUUUUGACAUUGCUAUAUUAUAAAAAAAAUAUAAAACAUUUUUCCGUAUUGAUAUAUAGUUAUAUCAACACUCGUGGAAGUUGGGAAAACUCGAAAUUGUAUGAAAACACUCCGCCCUUCAGGCGUCGUGUUUCCAUACAAUUUCUCGUUUUCCCAAUUCCACUCGUGUUGAUAUAACUGUAUAUCAACACGGAAAAUGUUUUAUAUUUGUUAAAUAUAACUCAACAAACUACAUGAUGGUUUGUUUCUGAACUAUAUUCAAACCAGUCCUUACAGAUACCUCUUUGCCAGUGUCCCAGCAUCUCUUUUAAAAUCUUCUGUAAAACGAAAACCUCCGUUAUAUUGGCAUUUUCUACCCCUUUAGAGUCCCCAUUAGAGAGGUCUGAAGCGCUUCGAUUCUUCAACGCUAGCGUUUCGACCGAAAACUCUUCGCCAAUAGAGGCGUAGCCAUUGUUCUACAAUGUAAACUAACUUUCUUUUAGGAUUGGUUCCCAGUUGACGUUCCGAGAUGUCGCGUCAUUUUGGUUGAAUACGAUACAGAAGUGAGUGGCUGGACAUCCAAAUGUCCAAUGCAACCUGAAAUGUAAGUCGUCAUGGAUUUUUGCAUUUCUUUGAUUUCUUUACCUGUGAUAUCAAGUUCUGUAAAUUUUUGGAAUUAAAUUAUAGUACAUUUGCCCAAUUUAUUGCCCACCAACGCUUUAAAAUUAUUGUUACAGUUUUGUAUGGAGUUACCAUCCAAAGGCUUUCAGGAAUUAUUUGGUGCGUGUAUGGGGAGGGGGGAUUUCUUCCCUCUCCCCCUCCCUAUUGUCGGGUAAUAGUAUGCGCGUUAUUAACUGGGGUAACAUGCAAUAUCUAACUGACGUUGUUAUUUAUAGUUCUACCAUUGAGUAUCGAAGCUCCGAACUUUUGAACAAAUUGAAGAAUGCUGGUGUAGGGAGACGUCCCGUUGUAUGGAUUGCACAUUCUUUGGGAGGUGGGUAUAAGUAUGGUUAUGGCAUUUGAAAAAGGGGUUAUGGCAUUUGAAAAAGGAGUUAAGACUGAAUUGCUGUGUCCAUUCGUAUCGUGUUCAUUUAUAUCAAUUGUUGUAUAGGUUUGAUGGUGAAACAAAUGCUGUUGGACGCAAAAAAAUCACUUGAAUUCUGGUAUGUAAGUUUAACAAGCCCAACUAGACCACAUAUAUGCAGUCAGUGAGUUGUCAGCACUGAAUUGGCGUUGUUAAACCGUCAGAUCAUCAGGUUAAAGAACCUUUCUAUGUUUUCUAUGUUUUAGUUCAUUGCACGUCAACACUAAAGGUGUCGUAUUUUACGCUGUUCCUCACAGAGGUUCCGAUAUUGCUUCAAUGGUAUCUGGCAAAGCAAGAUAUUUUCUUUUACCAUCCUUUGAGGUCAAAGCGUUACAAAAAGGUGACACCAUAAAUCCUCUAUUAAGCCAUCGUCUCAAAUCAAAUCAUCCUCUAAUACACCUUUUCUCUAAUACACCUUUUCUCUAAUACACCUCUUCUCUAAUCAUCCUCUUCUCUAAUACACCUAUUCUCUAAUCAUCCUCUUCUCUAAUACACCUCUUCUCAAAUGCACCUCUUCUCUAAUGGCCCUCUUCUCUAAUCAUCCUCUUCUCUAAUACACCUCUUCUCUAAUCACCCUCUUCUCUAAUCAUCCUCUUCUCUAAUACACCUCUUCUCUAAUCACCCUCUUCUCUAAUCAUCUUCUUCUCUAAUGCACCUCUUCUCUAAUCAUCCUCUUCUCUAAUCACCCUCUUCUCUAAUCAUCUUCUUCUCUAAUGCACCUCUUCUCUAAUCAUCCUCUUCUAUAAUGCACCUCUUCUCUAAUCAUUAUCUUCUCUGAUGCACCUCUUCUCUAAUCAUCCUCUUCUCUAAUCACCCUCUUCUCUAAUCAUCUUCUUCUCUAAUACAGCUCUUCUCUAAUCACCCUCUUCUUUAAUCAUCUUCUUCUCUAAUGCACCUCUUCUCUAAUCAUCCUCUUCUCUAAUCACCCUCUUCUCUAAUCAUCUUCUUCUCUAAUGCACCUCUUCUCUAAUGCACCUCUUCUCUAAUCAUCCUCUUCUAUAAUGCACCUCUUCUCUAAUCAUUAUCUUCUCUGAUGCACCUCUUCUCUAAUCAUCCUCUUCUCUAAUGCGCCUCUUCUCAUCAUCUUCUCUAAUGCACCUCGUCUCUAAUGCACCUCUUCUCUAAUGCACCUCUUCUCUAAUACACCUCUUCUCUAAUCAUCAUCUUCUCUAAUGCACCUCUUCUCUAAUGUACCUCUUCUCUAAUGUACCUCUUCUCUAAUGCACCUCUUCUCUAAUCAUCCUCUUCUCUAAUGUAUCUCUUCUCUAAUCAUCCUCUUCUCUAAUCAUCCUCCUCUCUAAUGCACCUCUUCUCUAAUCAUCCUCUUCUCUAAUGCACCUCUUCUCUAAUUAUCAUCUUUUCUAAUGUACCUCUUCUCUAAUGCACCUCUUCUCUAAUCAUCAUCUUCUCUAAUGCACCUCUUUUCUAAUGGCCCUCUUCUCUAAUGCACCUCUUCUCUAAUGCACCUCUUCUCUAAUGCACCUCUUCUCUAAUCAUCAUCUUCUCUAAUGCACCUCUUUUCUAAUGGCCCUCUUUUCUAAUGGCCCUCUUCUCUAAUGCACCUCUUCUCUAAUGCCCCUUUUCUCUAAUGCCCCUCUUUUCUAAUGCCCCUUUUCUCUAAUGCACCUCUUCUCUAAUUAUCCUCUUCUCUAAUGCACCUCUUCUCUAAUGCACCUCUUCUCUAAUGCACCUCUUCUCUAAUGCACCUCUUCUCUAAUGCACCUCGUCAAUCGUCUCCAUCUAAUGCGGCACUUCUCUAAUGCACCCUUCUUUAAUGUGCCUCUUCUUCCCCCUUGCUUUCAUAACCUCCCCCCAAAAAGAUUAGCCUCAUUUUAUCAGAUAUUACUUACGUACCAUUUUAGGGUCGGAAUAUCUCGAAAACCUUCAGAAAGACUUCGUAGAUUUUGUACAAGAAAACAAUGUGGAUGUUCUCAGCUUUGCUGAGACUCAACCUGCAAGGAUUGUACGCGAUACACUUAUAGUUUCUUCCGACUCGGCAGGUAAAUUUUUAAAAUUUUGCAAAUUACUGAUACCAUAUCCUGAGGUAGCAUAUGACUAAUUUUAACACAACUUUUAGUUUAGGGUAGCUCUGUCAGUUUUACCAUUUUAUAACCCUAUAAUCUAGCUUUAUCUUUAAGACAAAGCAAGUUAAGGGUUAAUGAAGAGCGACUGGUUUAAACGUUCAUUUUUCCCCCUAAGAUCUUGGAGUUGGUGACUUUAUCCCGCUUCCCGCCAACCAUUAUGAUGUAUGCAAACCAUGUAGUCGUUGGGAUCCUGCUUAUAUGAGGACGGUUAACUUUGUCAAACAACAAUUGGACAUGGUCGAUAUUGAAGACUUCAUGCCUGCUCUUUUGUUUUAAACGAGUCGUGGACACAUGAAGAAGGUAGGAUGCUGUAUUGCUUCAUUAGGUUCGUCGGGAUCCGUGGUGCAGUCUUAUGUUCUUUCGGUAGAUUGUGGUUUUUAAUGUUAAAAACCACAAUUUAAAAACAGCGAUUUCUUACCCUAAAACUAUUCUAGUUCUUACAAUCGUACUCCUAACCCAUAUACUAAACUAAUAUCUACCCUAUGGCUAUGUUGUCCGUAUAAGUAAAUAACCGUAUUUGGGUUAAAUAAAUAAGUAAAUAACCGUAUUUGGUUAUAUAUUUCAAUAUGGAAUUAUUUCGAAAACGACGGGAUUAAAAAUAAAGAACAGUCACAUUCUCUCCACAAAAUGUUCGGCUAGGAAAAUAUUCGCACAUUACCGAAAAUCGUCGAACAUUACGACUGGCAAGAUCUUUAUUGGGAAAUCCAUCAGUAACGUCUUUUUCUUAUCUUCUUGUCCGAUGUUGAUUUCUUGGUCAUAUUUCAUUCCAUCGUACAGUACAAAACCUCCAGUCAAGUUGCUGGGUGAGGGUUUUAAAGUCUUCCAAAUCUUUCUUUAGAACAUCCUUGAAUCGUAGUCCAGGACGUCCAUCAGGUCGAUUCCUUACUCAAGGGUUCCUUGAAGUACCGAACAGCCCGGCAGUCGCAACGGCUUCAUACGGCUCACAUAACCUGUCCAGCGGGCACAAAUGAAGUGGAUCCUGUAGAUUUGAUUAUUUAUUUCGUUUGAUAGUUCAUCCUUCCUGCACCUUAUAAGCUCCAAGAAUGGAACGGAGACGUCUUCUCUGGAAUGCACUCAAUCUGCUUUCUUGUCUUCAUAGUUUUGCUUAGAUUUUAGCGCCAUAAAUUAGCACUAUACACUAUUUCAAUAAGGAGGCAAACGAUCAUAGAUGCGUACUUCGGCGCGCGUUGAUAGACAUAUUUUUUCCCGUAGAGAGAAGCCCGAAUGUAGAUACAUCUUUUCCAAGCGACCAAACAGAAAUUUCCUGGUCAAUAAAUAUUUUAUUCUGUUAGAAAUGAACAUUUAUUGUAUCCUCUCAGUGUACAAUUAUAUUUAUAUAUAUAAGGUGCAACUGCAGUACGGUAUAGUAUAUGUGUCUUAGGCUUUUGCUCUAGCUUUUAUUUGCAAUUUUGUGCAUGCUUUUCCAUAUGUGUUUGCUUUUACCUGUAAAAAUAUUAUUAACUUUCCAGAACUAAUUGUAUAUUCUGUAUAGUUCUUUAUUUAUACCGAAUAGCUUAGAGGUCCAGUGCAGGGCCAUUCGUUUUGUACGAGUGUCACCAAUUAAGGGUAUAUAAAGGGGAAAAUCUUUAGUGACUGGUAGUGUAAUGAGUCAGGCUGAAAGCGCCCAUGUGCAAUGGACACUAAAUAUGCAAAUGAAAGAAAAUAAAUAACAUUGACUGAAACCUAAAACAAGCCAGAACCCUAAACCAUCAUAGUGAAAUCUUUAAACAUAGGCGUUGUUUUAGGGUCAGGUUUCAGUCAAUGUUAUUUAGUUUCUUUCAUUGCAUAUUUAGUGAGGACAUGAAAGGACAUCUCCCACAUGCGAGUGAGGCAAACGUGGGCAAAAGAGACAAGCACCAAUUUUGUAUUAAAGCAUGGUCACAAAGAUGUAAGACACUUGAAGUAACCAUUGUGAUCUCACAACUCGUUCAGGUACAUAAAUUAUGAAAAGUGCAUAUCGAC